CCUGAGUCACACAUCUGGAAAGUGCUGCAACUUGAAUCGAGGCAGCUUGGGCUCCAGAGCCCAGGCUCUGAAGGAACUAGUGAGUCAGUUAUCAUCGUUCCUAUCUUCCAGAUGAGGAAACUAAGACUUAGACACUGAUCCAACCCCACAACCAGGGUGUGGCACAACCAGAAUUUCCAGUUCCUUGUACUUCAUCACAACCCGAAUCCUUGGAACUCAAGAAUCCUGAAAGUUGUUAACUGAAGGAAGGAAAGGGGCCCAUCUGGAGGCGGAAGGGCAAAAAUCUAUUUAUACACAAAAUAGCUAUGCAAGGUGGAGAGGCAACUGAUAUAAAAGUUUGGGGCCACUUGAAGCAUGAAGGGAAGAUGGUAAAAUGGAGCCAGAAUCUGAAAAGGCUGAGAAAAAGGGGAAGCUCAGAAGAGCACUGCAUCCCUCACCUCCUCUUCAGAGCCUCUCCUCCCUGCUGCUCCUGCCAGCAGAAGAGACUCUUGACAGCUAUUUAUGAAGUACCUACUAUGAGCCAGAUACCACAUGCUGACAAUAUAAGGAUCUCGGACACUGCAGGCCUCACAGUCUGGGAGAAAGAGGCAUAUAAGCAGGCUUUGUGACUAAAGGAUGCAUGCAAAGGGUGCGUAUUCACCAACUACUGUGCAUGAAGAGCUACUCAACUCUAAUCUGAGUACGGAACUCUUCUCCCUAGCAGGCGGAUUUUCUUUCCACCAGCCGUUUUAAAUGUUUGCUUGCUUGAAUUGUAUCAUGACUGCCUUCAUGGAGCCCUCACUGGCCUCUUCAUUUCAGGUCAUCAGGUGGAGGGCACAUUGCAGAGAGGACUGUUCCCAUUCCAGGAGAGCCUUGCGAGUGAGCUCUGUGUACUCAUCCCCUGGCUGAACGCAGUGCAGGGGGCUGGGCUACAGUCAGCAAAGAGUGAGGCAUAAUCACGCUUUGGAGUGGGAGUGAGCCUUCAAAUCUCAGCAGCCCUGAGUGAUUCCUCCACUUAGGGUGAAUUUGUGUGUGGCAGGUGUGGUUGAGAGCUGCCAGGGGCACAGCAGGCAUGGCAGUGGAGGGACAAGAUAGACCAUGAGGUUGCUGGGCACAGCACUGGACUUGGUUUUUGUUUUUAGAAAGAGGCCUCAAGAUAGAGCAUCAUUUUUUUUCCCACAAA